GAGGCGAAGAAAGAUGAUGCCUCUGAACCAGAUCCCAGCAAAGCCCAGGAUGCAGAAGUCAAGGUGAUCAAAAUGAAGAUUCCCAAGGAAGAAAAGGCAGAGAGUGCGAAGACGAAGUCCAAGGCGGAGAAAGCGGAGGUUGAGGAGAAGGGCCCGAAGAAUGUGGAAAAGGAGCCCGAGAAGGAGCCCGAAGUGAAGGCAGAGAUCGAUCCGAAAGAAUCGGCGGAGACACCGGACUUGCAGUUGUUCCGGCAGGCGGAGGCGCUGCUGAAGAAGAUCCCCAAGAAGCUGGACUUGAGUGUGCAGAAGGCUUUGGAAGAGGUGGACAAUGAUGCCCGCACACCGCUGGCGCUGGCCGUGCGGGCCGGCCACAGCCAAGUGGUCGCGCUGCUGCUGGAGCGGAAGGCCUCCCUGGACGCCGCGGACUGCGAAGGCAACUCGGUGCUGACGCUGGCGGCGCAGUGCACCGCGCGGAGCACGCCGGGCAUCGUGGAGUCCCUGCUGGGGCUGACGGCGGAUGCGCAGGCGGUGAACAACGAGAACCUCCGCCCCGUGGACCUUGCCAAGUCGCCGGUGGUGCGGGACAUGCUGCGCAGGCACAUGGAGCGCACGGCGGUCGGCCGGAAGAUGCAGAGCUCUCAGAGCUUGCCGGCCCUGGUCAAGGCGCCCGGCGAGGAAGGAAAGGAUCUGUCGCGCUGGCAGCUCCGAGGCGGGCGCGUGCGGCUGGAGCCGCUGCCUGACCUGCCGACCGACGUGCUGGAGGAGGCCAUCCGUGCCCUGGUCCACCAGCGCCGCGCGCCUUCGCCGGACAGCAUCGAGGUGGCGGUGCACCCGAUCACCCAGAGGAACCUAGAUAGCUUCUUGUUUGCCAUGACGAGUGUGACGCUGAAUGUGUACAACUGCGGCGACAACCGGGUGAUGAAACAUGCCAACAAGGUGUUCCGGCUGAUGGGUUCGGGGGUCUACCACGCCGCAGUGGAGGUGGACGGCCUGGAGUGGUCCUACGGCUUCACGGAGGAGGGCACCGGGGUCUUCACCUGCGCUCCCCGCAGCUGCGAGGCCCACAUCUUCUCCGAGAGUUUGCCCAUGGGCACCACGGCCCUCUCGGCGGAGGAGUUCUCUUCAGCCCUGGACCGCUUGGUGCAGACCUGGCGGGGACCUGACUAUGACCUGCUGCGGCACAACUGCUGCCACUUCAGCAACGCCAUGCUCCAGCUGCUGGGCUUGCCCCCCGCGCCCGCCUGGGUCACCCGCACGGCCAGCACCGCCUCGAUGGUCGUCACGCCGCUGGAGGAGACCAUCUCGGAGGGCAAGCAGAGCCGUGGCGCGGGCGAUGAGGCCUAUCGCUUCGGCGACCUCACCCGCGGCAUCCUCGCCAGCGGCAAGCAGAGUCGGGGCGCUGACGGCGCGGACGGGUACCGCUUCGGGGAUUUUUCGCGGGGCGUGCUCUCCAAGAUCUCUGGCUGAAAGUUCCGGGUGUGGCAGCUUUGAUAUGCCGCCCUGGCUGCUCCAAAGGAGAGCUGUGGCACUGGACUCCAACUGCGAGGGAAAAGGUCAGCUGAA